AUGGAGGUUCUCAAGCAACUCCUCGAGUACCUCCUCACACCCUCAGCCGAAAUCUUCAUCGUCGGCGCCCUCAUCGUCUUCCUGCUACCAACUAUCGUACACUUCUACAUCGUUCAAACUACGCCCUAUACAUCUCUCCCGUCCAUAUUACUUGCAGGACCUCCCGCCGGUGGCAAGACCUCUCUCCUCACCCUACUUGAGCGUGGCGACUCCGCUGCCGCAACGCACACCUCGCAGGUUCCCCAGUCCGUCGAACUUACCGUCUCCGACGAUCACGGCGCUACUACCUUUCGAGAAGCUGCACGCAUCGACGCCCCAGGCUCUCACCGCAAGUUUCUACUCGUCGACACCCCGGGCCAUGGAAAGCUGCGAAACCAGCAUGCCAUGACCCAUAUCGCCUCGAAUACCCUGCGGGGCAUCAUAUACGUGCUGGACGCCGCUAGUCUAGAUGACGGCUUAGCGGACGCGGCAUCCUUCUUAUACGACGUGCUCCUCGCACUACAGAAACGCACGGGCGCUGGGAAGACUUCAAAAGCACCCACCGCGAUCCAUGUCCUCAUCGCUGCGAACAAGCUGGACCUUUUCACAGCUUUGCCCGCCUCCCUUGUCAAAAGCAACCUCGAGGCCGAACUUGGCCGGAUAAGACAGUCCCGGAGCAAAGGGCUGCUAGAUUCAGGGGUUGGCGUGGAUGAGGUCGGGUCUGAGGAACAGGACGAUUGGCUGGGCCAAUACGGCUCCGAGAAGUUUUCGUUCGGUCAGAUGAGGGAGUUCGAUAUUGAAGUUGACGUGGUGGGCGGGAGCGUCCUUGAUGGCAAGGUAGACAAGUGGUGGGAUUGGAUAUCGGAAAGAAUCUAA